AUGUCUGGCCUUGCAACACCACCAGUGUUUCCUGGAAUCGGUGAAAGCUUAACAGGAGGGCGAAUUUUAAAAGCAAAAGAAUGCAAUGCACUUAGGGUAUAUACUGCAAAUGAAGUCCUCGAUACUCCCUUGGGAAUGGAGACCCUAAUCAAACAGAUCUCUAGUCCAUACCAAGCACAAGGAAAUUUCUCUCUUCAGAAACUAGAACAACUCAAUCAGUAUCCAGAUUUCAACAAUUACCUGAUUUUUGUUCUUACGAAGUUGAAGUCUGAAGAUGAACCUACACGUUCCUUGAGUGGUCUCAUCUUGAAGAAUAAUGUGAAAGCACAUUUUCACAACUUUCCCAAUGGGGUAACUGACUUCAUUAAAAGUGAAUGUCUGAACAACAUCGGUGAUUCCUCCCCCUUAAUUAGAGCUACUGUAGGCAUUCUGAUAACAACCAUUGCCUCAAAAGGGGAAUUACAGAAUUGGCCUGAACUCUUACCAAAGCUUUGCAGCUUGUUGGAUUCUGAAGAUUACAAUACCUGUGAGAUGGCAUUUGGCGCUCUUCAGAAAAUAUGUGAAGAUUCUGCUGAAAUUCUAGAUAGCGAUGUAUUGGACCGACCACUCAAUAUCAUGAUUCCUAAAUUCUUGCAGUUCUUCAAGCACAGCAGUCCAAAAAUAAGGUCUCAUGCUGUUGCAUGCGUCAAUCAAUUUAUCAUCAGCAGAACUCAAGCUCUUAUGUUGCACAUAGAUUCUUUUAUUGAGAAUCUUUUUGCACUGGCUGGUGAUGAGGAGCCUGAAGUACGCAAAAAUGUUUGCCGUGCUCUGGUGAUGUUGCUGGAAGUUCGAAUGGAUCGCCUCCUUCCUCAUAUGAUUAGUAUAGUUGAGUACAUGCUUCAGAGGACCCAGGACCAAGAUGAAAAUGUGGCUUUGGAGGCUUGUGAGUUUUGGCUGACCUUGGCUGAACAGCCAAUUUGUAAAGAUGUAUUAUGUCGGCAUCUUACUAAGCUGAUACCUGUGCUGGUAAAUGGUAUGAAAUAUUCAGAGAUUGAUAUUAUUCUGUUGAAGGGGGAUGUUGAAGAAGACGAAGCUAUUCCAGAUAGUGAACAGGACAUAAGACCUCGUUUUCAUCGUUCACGGACAGUAGCUCAGCAACAUGAAGAAGAUGGUAUUGAAGAUGAUGACGAUGAUGAUGAUGAUCUUGAUGAUGAUGAUGAUACUAUUUCUGACUGGAAUUUAAGGAAAUGUUCUGCUGCUGCUCUAGAUGUCCUAGCCAAUGUAUUUCGCGAUGAACUUCUGCCACACAUCUUGCCCCGUUUGAAGGAAUUGCUCUUCCAUCCCGAAUGGGUAGUUAAAGAAUCUGGUAUCCUUGUUCUUGGAGCAAUUGCUGAAGGCUGCAUGCAGGGUAUGAUUCCAUAUCUUCCUGAGCUGAUCCCUCACCUUAUUCAGUGCCUCUCUGACAAAAAGGCUCUUGUGCGCUCCAUUACAUGCUGGACUCUUAGUCGCUAUGCACACUGGGUAGUUAGUCAACCCCCAGACACAUACUUGAAGCCAUUAAUGACUGAGUUGCUAAAGCGUAUCCUGGAUAGCAACAAGAGAGUACAAGAAGCUGCCUGCAGUGCCUUUGCUACUCUAGAAGAGGAGGCUUGUACAGAGCUUGUUCCUUAUCUUGCGUAUAUACUUGACACUUUGGUCUUCGCAUUUAGUAAAUACCAGCAUAAAAACCUGCUCAUUCUUUAUGAUGCUAUAGGAACUCUGGCAGAUUCCGUAGGUCAUCAUCUAAAUAAACCAGAAUAUAUUCAGAUGCUAAUGCCUCCAUUAAUCCAGAAGUGGAACAUGUUGAAGGAUGAAGACAAAGAUCUCUUCCCUUUAUUAGAGUGCCUGUCGUCAGUUGCUACUGCCUUGCAAUCUGGCUUUCUUCCAUACUGUGAACCUGUGUACCAGCGCUGUGUAAAUCUGGUGCAGAAGACCCUUGCACAAGCCAUGUUGCAUAAUGCUCAGCCAGACCAAUAUGAGGCUCCAGAUAAAGAUUUCAUGAUUGUGGCUCUUGAUUUACUCAGUGGUUUAGCUGAAGGACUUGGAGGCAACAUUGAACAGCUAGUGGCUCGCAGCAAUAUCCUGACACUAAUGUACCAAUGCAUGCAGGAUAAAAUGCCUGAGGUACGGCAGAGUUCUUUUGCGUUAUUAGGUGAUCUCACAAAGGCGUGUUUUCAGCAUGUUAAGCCUUGCAUCGCUGAUUUCAUGCCCAUUUUGGGAACCAACCUAAACCCCGAAUUCAUUUCUGUGUGUAACAAUGCCACCUGGGCGAUUGGAGAAAUCUCCAUCCAGAUGGGUAUAGAGAUGCAGCCUUAUAUUCCAAUGGUGUUGCACCAGCUUGUAGAAAUAAUUAACAGACCCAACACACCAAAGACGUUGUUAGAGAACACAGCAAUAACAAUUGGUCGUCUUGGUUACGUUUGUCCUCAAGAGGUGGCCCCCAUGCUACAGCAGUUUAUAAGACCCUGGUGCACCUCUCUGCGAAACAUAAGAGACAAUGAGGAAAAGGAUUCAGCGUUCCGUGGGAUAUGUACCAUGAUCUCGGUCAACCCCAGUGGAGUAGUUCAAGACUUUAUUUUUUUUUGUGAUGCUGUUGCGUCGUGGAUUAGCCCAAAAGAUGAUCUCCGGGACAUGUUCUGUAAGAUUCUUCAUGGAUUUAAAAAUCAAGUUGGGGAUGAGAAUUGGAGGCGUUUCUCUGACCAGUUUCCUCUUCCCUUAAAAGAGCGCCUUGCAGCUUACUAUGGAGUUUAACCUCAUGCACUGUAGCUGCAGUCCCAUAAUUAGAGGUCCUUCAGUCUGGGAGACUAUGAGGGAGCCUCUGCACCCAGGGAAAAUGUUACCCUUUACUGGGGGGAAGGGUAAACCAGUAGGGAAUACAGUACAAUCCCAACCCUACUGGGAGGGGCGGGAGGGAGGUGUUGCCGUCACUGUAUUAAGUCGAUGUUGGGAAAUGUUUUAACAUCUGGAGCCUUUGUGGGUGGAAAUCUGUCUCCUAUUACAACUCUGCACUGGAUGUGAAGAAGAAAAAAAAAAAAAGAAUCUAGUUACAAAACAGCACAUUCUGGAAUAUUGUGGGGAAUUGUACCAAAAUAAGAACCAUAUAAUUGAACCAUAGGGAUACGUAAAGAGGAAAACUAUUUUGCGCACAAUAAAGGAAACCUAAGAAUGGGGGUCACAAACAGUAAAAGGCUUUCUUUUUUCUUUUAUGUUUUUUUAAGUAAGGGUUUUCUACAUUAUUUCAUCCUGCUUGAUGGGAUUCCUAGGUAUUUGCAUGUUAAUGAAGAACUACACAAAUGAAGUUAGUACAGUUAAAAUGCAGCUUGUGUCUGUAUUAGGAGCAGGCACUUGCAGUGUACAAUAUAGAAACUCCGUUGUAAAUUAAUAAAGGUUAACUUGGACAAAAUGAAGCAACCUGCAAGCUGCCAAAUGAGUCACUCCUUUCAUUUUUGGGGUAAGGGGAGGGACAUUUCAAAGGAGAGAUUGACAUCUUAAUUUUUACAUUAAAAAAAGAAUUAAAGUAGUGGAUAUGAUUUGAUUAUUGUACUUCAUUAGAUUUAAUUUCUAGAGUAAGGCAUUAUUCUUAACGUGCAGUUUAAGGUUCAGGCAUGCAUUCUGGCUCAUAGUGAUCAGAAGUAAUUUAAAUUAGUGGGAAAGUAGCAUGCUUGCAUCACAUAGAGUGAAAUUGGUAUACAUUUCCCUAUGUUGCGCCAGUCUUGUGUUGCAGUUUAGCAAUUCAAUAUAGCCCUGCAUUUAAAAUUCCUUUUCUAAGAUUCUGUGGAUCUUAUUUUUAUUAAGAAUAUGGAUAUAAAGUACUGUAGUUAACAAUUAGGCCUUGAAAUACCUUUUUAGGAUCUGUUAAGAUUAAGAUUGAUAUUGUAUUGUGUGUAACCUGCACAAUGUGGAAAGCUGAUAUAACUGUGCAAAAUAUUUGCCUCUGUGCUGUCAAUGUGAUGUGCUUUCUGCAUGGUUAUAUACUAGUGAUUUUAUCAGAAUCUCUAAACAUGAGUUACAUGGUAAGACCCGUUAAAGGCUGCAUAAAUGUUAGUUGGCACAUAAAGACA